AUUCAAUAAGACUAUCAAGAUCAAUCAAACACAAUAAAUAAAUAAAAUGCAAUACAAUAUGGAUGGUAUUUUUUAACAGUCAAAGCAUGGACUGAGUUUUAACUGCAUUUUAGGAACUUCGUUAAUCCUUAUCCCCACUUUACAUGCCUUCUGUUGUGCAUUCUCCAGCUUAAUAAAGAGAGGCUUCUUUUGUUUUUGUGUGUUUAACAUUUCAUCAAAAGAUGGCUACUCCACUGAUUGUUUCCUUUGGCGAAAUGCUUAUCGACUUUGUCCCUGACACUUCUGGUGUUUCCUUGGCUGAGUCCACCGGUUUUCUCAAAGCCCCUGGUGGUGCUCCGGCUAAUGUUGCAUGUGCCAUCUCCAAACUCGGUGGCAAAUCCGCUUUCAUUGGCAAGUUUGGUGAUGAUGAGUUUGGACACAUGCUUGUCAACAUAUUGAAGAAGAACGGUGUGAACAGCGAAGGAGUUUGCUUUGACACCCAUGCAAGGACUGCUUUGGCCUUUGUGACACUAAAGAAGAACGGCGAGAGAGAGUUCAUGUUUUACAGGAACCCAAGUGCGGAUAUGCUUUUGAAAGAAUCUGAACUCAACAAGGAUCUCAUCAAGAAAGCCAAGAUUUUCCACUACGGUUCCAUUAGCUUGAUCUCUGAGCCAUGUAGAGCGGCUCACAUGGCUGCUAUGAAAACCGCCAAGGACGCAGGAGUUCUACUCUCUUACGACCCUAAUGUUCGGUUGCCUCUUUGGCCUUCCACUGAGGCUGCCAUAGAAGGCAUCAAAAGCAUCUGGAAUGAGGCUGAUAUUAUCAAGGUAAGCGAUGAUGAGGUAACAUUCCUCACUAGGGGAGAUGCAGAGAAGGAUGAUGUUGUUUUGUCUCUGAUGCAUGACAAGCUCAAGCUGCUUAUUGUAACUGAUGGAGAAAAAGGUUGCAGAUACUACACAAAGAAAUUCAAAGGGAGAGUGCCUGGUUACUCUGUGAAAACAGUUGAUACAACUGGAGCUGGUGAUUCUUUUGUUGGUGCAUUUCUUGUCUCUUUGGGAAAAGAUGGUUCCAUACUCGAUGAUGAAGGAAAGCUAAAGGAGGCUCUUGCAUUUGCAAAUGCAUGUGGAGCUGUGUGUACAACUCAGAAAGGAGCUAUUCCAGCACUUCCAACUCCAUCUGAUGCUCAGCAGCUCAUGAAAUCUAAAUCCAAAUAAUUUCGCUUUUUGUUGUUUCCCAAAUGGUACUCAUGCUUCUUUUUUUCUUCAAUUUUAUAUUGACUCUAGUCUGCUUUUUUUUUCUCAGUUAUCUGAAUAAGUUAGUGUUAAUUUGCCUGCCUAAAUUGAUUCUAGUAGUGAAUUGAUAAAUGGUUACUGUUCUUUUUGUAUGUUGUGAUUCUGUUUCUGAAUCUGAAGCACAGUUUUUAUUGUAAAA